GUUGUUUGGUGCGAAUUAGUUGAUAGUUGGAAAAUGUGUAGGAGUUAUCGUCGGAAAUGAACCGGGAUACAUCAAAUAGUCAGUUACCACCAGCACGUAAAUCACCUGAAAUAUCGAUCGUUGAACAAUUGGCUCAGAAUCAAAGAACAUUUCCCAAACAAAGUAGCAGACUAUGUAAAGUCAAUUCAAAACCUUUUUUUCACAUUGUUUAACUUUAUCCACCAACUUUCACCAAGUACGCAAUAUAAAGCAAAUAAAUUUUCCCGUUUUCCCAGAGCUUAUCUGUUGAGUGAAUUUUUUUUGGUGUAUUAAAAGUGUUAAUCUGAACACUAAAAAUUAAAAUUGAUCUUCAUCUAUAUAUCACUAAUAUUUUAACUAACCAUCAUAAUUCUGUCAUACACUCCUACUUACAAUUCUUAACUAACUUGUGAACAUGAGUUGAAUUUCAUUUUGUCUCCUUCUCCCUUGAACCACUCUUAAACAAUGUCAUUUGUCGUCAUAUUUAAUGUUGACUGAAGCUAACUAAGUCAUUUUUCGUUGGAUAGAAAACUAAUCAAGUUGUUUGUUUUCUUUUCGUUUACCGAUCCACAUUUCCAUUUAUGUUCAAUUACACAGCUGUACUGAAAGACACAGCCUUGUCCUCAGAAAAGAGAAGAUAUUCUGUGCAAAAUGCUGCUGGCCCAGGAGGACCCAUUGGAGGUUCAUCUCAAAGAGUCAGUCCACGUACAACUCCGUAUUUAAGUGCACCAAAUGCAACGACUGGGAUAACGCCUCCAGGUAACCAUCUUCCGAGAGCGUCUAUCGCAUGCAUUCCUUUAAGCAUUCAGGCUCAGAUUCAGCAAGGUCAAUUAGUCAAAGCUGAGCAGCCACAGCCUACUCUAGGAAAAGGGACUUCUGUACCCCAGACAACACCAAGAAUAUCUAUCAGUAAAAGCCCAGAGUUAGAUGGAGAAAAUGCAAAGAAACUUGGUCGUUUGCCAAAAUCUUUUCGGUGCGAAUGUUGCCAGCAGGUUACAGUGACAAGAACAACAUAUCAAAUUGGUGCAUUAACGUGGCUUAUGGCAGCGUUAAUUUUUAUAUGCGGAGGCGUUCUGGGCUGUUUUCUUAUACCAUUCUUUGUGGAUUGUUGCAAAGAUGUCAAACAUGUCUGCCCGUUUUGUGGGACGGAAAUCGGUCUAGUGAAAUGUAUCUGAAUUUGGCGAAAAGAAUCAUAAUUGGAGGCAAACUGAAAUGAAUAAUACUCAGCACACCGACAGCCAUUUCUAUGUGCGAUAUAUUAUUCAUACAAUGCCUGAGUUUGUUUUGAUUAUAAUUAUCACUGAAACUAUUUGAAGAAAAUAUUUAAUCGAAGGCACCAUUUUGAAACUGAGCCAUUAGGCAUUGUCUUUUUGUUUUUAAAAUCAGAGAAAUUUUUGAUAAACACUUAUUUUGAUUUUUUUUUUAAAUGCAAUCGGAAUGAUUUUAUGGUUGCUUACCAUACAUAAUUAAUAUCAUAGUGAAGUUUAUUAAAUGGUCAACGAAAUUUUCAUGAGUUUAUUUUGUUUUAAGUAUUUUGUUAUUUUUGGAAUUAUGUAUUAUUUGAUCAAAUAUAAAUUAUGCUGUUAAAUAAGCUUAUGAACAAUAUUUUUCUGUCAGUUGUUAUUUCUAUGAAGAGGAGCCAUCCCCUCAAUAAAGUGAUAUUUUUUAUUCAUAUCUGGAGAAAUAAUAUAUCUGGCUCUUUUUCUCACUCGAGUUGCUUUCUCUGAUUAUGAUCAAGAUAAAUAUCGAAUUUCCCCUUCUCUCUAUUCAUUUACAUCAAAGUUUUUCAUUAUCCGCUCAUUUUUUUCUAUCUUCAUAAAUUCACUUAUUUAAUCUUUUUAAUUUCACUGUUCUGAUCAGAUAAGUG